GGUAUUAUUUAUUUAUUUAUUUCCCUCAAACUGAAACUAUGACUUUCAACCGCUCCAACGUUUUAGCCAAAGCAAAUGGCCUCAUUACCGUUCACAAAAUCAGCAAUUCCAAGAGGCAAAGAUGAAGUGUAUGUAGUGGCAGUACCUCUAAGGGCAACAAAAGGACCAGCCCAGGUGCUUAUGUCUGCUGCUUACUCCCUCAAUAUCUGGGAUUUGCAGCAUUUUAUGGUCCUAAUCAAACCCUCCUCCCCACCUCCUUCCUGCCAGGUCCUCUUUCAUCUAAUUCCCAUCCUGGGUUUUCCAUUUUUUGUUCAUAAGGCCUUGGUUUUUGAUUUUCAACCUAAAGAUCCUGAAAAUUUAUAUGUGGCUCUUGAUGUUAUAUCUGGUAGAGCAGUACCGGGAGUUCUUCUUAUGAGGGAGCUGAGAAAAGUACCAAGAAGCAAAUGCUGGUAUGUUGGAUCUCCUGAAGUGGAUGCUGUAGAUAUAGCAUGUGAAUUCAAUAAAAGCUGGGAAACAGAUUUGAGGGUUGGCCACCAUGACUGUCGAGAUUAUACCAAUGGCUUGGUUGAGUAUCUCACUGGCCAAAAAGAUGUGUUGGAGCACUUGAGAAGAAGCACUAGUGGUCUGGGGUAACCAACAACUUGCAAGGCUAUCUGCCCAUAAACAAAAAUGUCCUAUCAUUUCUUCAAGGACCAAUGCUAUACCAUGUUCCUUCAGAAGUUAUAUUCAGCCUCUCAUUGCUAACUAAUAUUUAUGUAUAUGUAUGUGAUGUUGUGGGGCCUGAACCACUACAUGAGUUGAUUCAUUGUAAACUAAAAAUUCAUGUUUAAAAUGUGAGGUAUUAAAUAGCAGCCAAAGGACUCUUAACCCCCAUGGCGCCCCCAAAAAAUGAGUUCUUCCCAGGCUGUGUAAACCUAUUUUUUACUAGAAUUUAAUUUUAUCCUGCAAUAUGGGGCAUUCCUUGUCAUAAUUAAGAGUGUUGUUAGAGGUA